UCUGGAACGGGAUAUUUGGCUUCAAAACCGUACAAGGGGAAAAGGGAGAAGAUGGUCUCCAGGUUCCUGCUGCUCAUGGCGCUGAGCUGCUGUGACUCUGGAACAUUAGUAGUGAACGUGACUCACACCUCCUAUCAGGCAGAGGAGAACCAGGACGUCACACUGGAGUGGACCUUCACACCCAAACCUGACAGCUCUACACAGCGUCUCUCUGUCCUCUGUGAGAUGUUUACUAUCAACAAAAACCCGAUCCUGUUUCAUCUUCAUGAAGGAGACGAGGUCUCAGAGUCUCAGGAUGAAGAGUUUUCAGGACGAGUCCAGUGUGACAAAGACAUCCUCAGAGAGGGACGGAUCAGACUUCAUGUGUCCUCACUCAGGACUGAAGACUCGGGCCUUUACAUAUGUGACGUGCUCACUGACUCUGGAUCCAGCUCGGCCCGAUGCCACCUCAAUGUGACUGCAGCUGUUCAUGACCCUGAGGAUCAGAGACCAACAGUGGGACCAGAACCAGGAGCUCAGAGACCAACAGUGGGACCAGAACCAGGAGCUCAGAGUCAGGGAAGGAUCGGUCUCUAUGUUGCAGUAUCAGUAUCAGUAUUACUGGCUCUCUGUGCCCUCGGUCUGUGUGUCAGUAAAUCUGCUCCAUACAACAGAACCAUGUUGUGUAGUCUCAGAGAAACCCCCCCCCCCCCUAUCAGGACCUCAUUAGACAGAGUGAUCAGAGUCUGAAGACCUGAGUCUGUGCUGAGGUGUCUUUGUUUGCUCGGGACAUAAGCUGAGUUAUUUAGUCCAGAAGAAUGAAGUAAUGUUGGUGUCAGUGACACUUUCAAUGUUCCAACAUGUAACGGGGCCCGCUGAGGCUCAGAGGUGAAGUGGGUCAUCUUCUAACUGGUUUGGUGGAUUGAUCCCCAGCUCCUACAGUCCAUGUUUUAAAAUGCAGCACUUUAAUGUAACGUUGUCUACAGGAUCUCAUCAGUGGACAUGAGACACCAACUGAAGAAAUGUGGUCACAGAUUUCCAGCAGAGCGCUCGCUGUGGCGGGACUGUGUUGUUGACGUAGCAGUUGCAGGUUUAUAAGGUAGUAAUGUACAAAAAGCACAGAAAGCACAACAAGCAUUAAGAUGCUCAGUUUAACUCAGGAAGUUUUGUUGGAACAAGUCUGUUAUAAUCUAUUGUGUAUAGGAAGUGUUAAUGUGAAGUUAUUGCUGCCCUCUCAAAGCAGCUCUGACGUGUGUGUGAUGGUGAACGCUGUUCUUUAGAGAAGAGAUCCCCGGGUCAUUGCUGAUGUAGAGUUUAAGUUUGAUGUUAACCCCUCGCUUCAUAUCAUAAAGCAUGCUGAUUGUAUUUUGCUUGUUUAAAUGCUGUUUUGUUAUUCUAUUUAUAGGAGGGCACUCUUUGGGGGCGGGGCUCUCUCUACUGGUCUUUGUUCUUACUACACCAGAAACACUUCCUUCAUUUGAAAUAUGGCCUCACAUGAACCCAGAGUUUGAAGAGCACAAAGAUCAGCUGCUCUCUGGUUACCUGCUCACACACCUGUGUGGACUUGAAAUGGACAACAGGAGCAGCUGAUCUCUUGUUUGACGUGAGAGUGAAAGGAUGAAAUUCAUCAUUCUGACGUUCAUGUCUUCAUUAUUUAUCAGUAGCUGUGGAAAGUGAGAGAUGUGAUGAGUCUCUGGUGUGAGAUCUUUAACAUCCAGAGAUCAUUUUAUACAGGGAGUCUCCUGAAGUCUGCUCCAGCUACAAGUCCAACAUGUGGUCAGCACAUUACAGACCUGAAGAAGGGUCUCGGUGCCGUGAGCUCAAAGCCAACAGAAGGUCUGACAUUAAGACUUGAUCUUGGUCAUGAGGUGUGUGUCUGUCAAACACUGCUGAGAGAGGGAACAUGUCCCCCAGAGACUAAGUGGACUUGUAACUGUAAUGUAAACACUCUUUGUAAUUGUAAAUACAUGCUUUCUGUAAAUGUCUUUUGUCUUAUAAAAUUACUUUUUGAAAUCAA